AUAAUCGACGAUUGUUCCUUCCAACAUCCGCGUAGGUGGUCCUCGUGGUGGAAUUUUUGACAGGACCAACAAAUCACCUCUAAUCUCGUGUUCUUGCAGCUUUGGAUUUCAUCCGUACUAGCAAGGAUGGAUCUUGCUGCGGCGCACAACAAGACAUACACCGAAGCUCCUGUUUACUUGCGCUUGAUCCCGGUGCAUGUUGGAAGCACGCGGCCAAGAGGAGUACAAACAGGUAAGACGGAGAGGACCAGUAAGAGGAUCUACUUAGGUGGAAAAACAAGACGAGACUUCUCAACAAACUUGUUUGCUACAGCUCCUCCAAAGAAGAUCGCCUUUGUAGUAGACUCCGACGUCGAGAAGUUCGUCUCCGGGAAGUUUCCCAUCCCGGCUCGGCGAUUCGCCAAAAGUAGUAUCAACAAGAACGCAAUAAAGGAUACCAGGGAAGUGAUGGGGCUCGUGAUCUUCUCU